CAGGCGUGUGCUCGCGCCACGCGCCAAAACGUAACCAGGCUAGUCUACUACUCACACUGUUAGUUUGCACGGCAGGUGUUGGUUAGCCAUACAAAUAUUAACAAAUAAUUACCUUACUGGAAAUGGCCACCAGUCAGGCAUGGAGGUUAAAACGCUAUGGGCGUUUCGUUCCAGGCUCUACAGGGGGAAAGCCUUGGAAGAUAUUUGAGGCUAAUGUCAAUAAACCUGAAAUUGUCCUCACCAUUGUGGAAUCUGGAUUCUUGCUGGUAAUGCAAGGACAGGAAAGCUUGGAUACAGUCCCUUUGCUCAGUGGAUCCAAUCUUCUCAAAGUACACCAGAAAUCUGAUAACCUUAUGUUUCGAUUUUCUGUGAAGGGAGAGAGCCGCAUGAUGAGGAUGCAGUUUGAUGGACGUAGCAGGGAAGAGGCUAUAGAGGAGUGUUCAACUGCUGUGGAAAAACUGAUGGAGUACAUGCCUGUCACCAAUCAGGAGGACGCCAAAUUGCCUCCUAAUCAGUCCCCUGCUGAGGUCUCUGCAGCAGUGAUACAGACUUCGCAGGGAAAGGCCGUGGGAGUUGAGCCUGAGGUUGUCCAAGGAUCAUUGUCCAUCAAGCGUCUUAGCCAGGUAGUGAUUGUUAAGUUAAAACACAUGUUGGGAGAGACUGCUUUGACCCUGCCUCAAGUUUAUCGCCACAGUUCUUUGGCACAAGGUGACUUGGAGCCAAUACUGCGUGUUUGUCUGCUGGAUCCCAGCUUUCCUGCAUAUGUGGAGAAGGUGGAAGGGGAGCUGAGGAAACUGCUUCAAGAGUGAAGAAUAUAAACAACAGCUGAUGGCAGAAAGGUCAAGUCAGUGCAAUGUGUUUUUUUCGUAUAUAGUUUGUGUAGGCAGUGCCUGUUGGUGGUGAAGUGUUUCUUGCUGUGCUGCUGAUGUUGUUUGAAAUGUAACACAUUGGUUGGUAUUGUAUAUGGCCUGAAGAGGAUGCUUUGAAUGGUAUUGAAUAUAAGGAAGAACUUGCAAAACCCCAAAAAACAAACAUCUGCAUUCAUUUUUCAAUUUUUUAUUCAGAAAAAAAAUAUUGGUCUCACUCAUAUAUUUAAUCGUGGCUAUAUACUCUGGUCCCUCUGUUCCCACCUUAAUGCAGGCCCAUUUCCACUGCAACACACAUGGAUACAUUGUAUUGAAUGAGGAGUCAUGCAGCUACAGCAGUGAAUUUUGCUAUACCAGCUUCCACGUGAUCCCACGAUAUUAAAGCUUCACUGAGUAAAACAAACUGCCCCCCCCCCACCCCCCCAUAUAUCUAUUUAAGAAUACAUAUUGCAUAGGAUUAUAGCCAUGCUAUACAGUUAAAGAGAGAAAAAAAUACAAAAUAAAAAUCAAUUGAUGAAAUUGGGAAAUAUAAAAAAAAUAUUUUUUUUACAGAUUUCCUAUCAUUUGAACACUCAUACUUCAACAUAUACAAGACACCUAAGUUACUCUGGAAAGAAAAAAAUAAUACACUUAUCAUUUUUGUUUAGAUAGUUAAACAUACAGUAGUCAUUUUCUGUAAUCACUCUCAAUUAAAUUUAAAUACUGUCAGUCAUUGAAGCCAUUGCUUCACAAUAAAAGUUCUGUUAAAAGUG